AUGUCAGAUUCCAACCUCAGUGAUAACCAUCUUCCAGACACCUUCUUAACAGGGAUCCCAGGGCUGGAGGCUGCCCACUUCUGGAUUGCCAUCCCUGUCUGUGCCAUGUAUCUUGUAGCACUGGUUGGAAAUGCUGCCCUCAUCCUGGUCAUUGAUGACAAUGCUCUUCAUGCACCUAUGUACCUCUUCCUCUGCCUUCUCUCACUCACAGACCUGGCUCUCAGUUCUACCACUGUGCCCAAGAUGCUGGCCAUUCAGUGGCUACAUACUGGUGAGAUUUCCUUUGGUGGAUGCCUGGCCCAGAUGUUUUGUGUCCAUUCUAUCUAUGCUCUGGAGUCCUCAAUUCUACUUGCCAUGGCCUUUGAUAGAUAUGUGGCUAUCUGUAACCCAUUAAGGUACACAACCAUUCUCAACCAUGCUGUCAUAGGCAGAACUGGCUUUGUUGGGCUAUUCCGUAGUGUGGCUAUUGUCUCCCCCUUCAUCUUCUUGCUGAGGCGACUCCCCUACUGUGGUCACCGUGUCAUGAUACACACAUACUGUGAGCAUAUGGGCAUUGCCCGACUGGCCUGUGCCAACACCACUGUCAAUAUUGUCUAUGGGCUAACUGUGGCUCUGCUGGCCAUGGGACUGGAUUCCAUUCUCAUUGCCAUUUCCUAUGGCUUCAUCCUCCAUGCAGUCUUUCAUCUUCCAUCUCGUGAUGCCCAGCACAAAGCUCUGAGUACCUGUGGCUCCCACAUUGGCAUCAUCCUGGUUUUCUACAUCCCUGCCUUCUUCUCCUUCCUCACCCAUCGCUUUGGUCACCACCAAGUCCCCAAACAUGUGCACAUCUUUCUGGCUAAUCUCUAUGUGCUGGUGCCUCCUGUACUCAAUCCUAUUAUCUAUGGAGCUAGAACCAAGGAGAUUCAGAGUCGACUUCUAAAACUGCUUCACCUGGGGAAGACUUCAAUAUGA